AUGAAUUUGCAGGCUCAGCGUGACAUCACUUCGUACGAGGUCCUGGCACAACACGCGCUGCUACUGCUUGUAUCUACAGUUCUGCCUACGGGGCGCAUUUGCAUUCAUUUGCCCACACUUAGCGACAACACCGGCUCGGAAUCUUCCAUAAAUAAACUGUUUUCUACAGUGUAUCCUGUUUGCAUGUUCUUGCAGCGUAUUGCUUCAUUUGGAGCCCUGUCGGGCCUCACACUUGAGGUGGCGCAUGUGCCAGGCGUUGCCAAUGAUGAUGCAGACACGCUGUCUCGCUGGGACGGGGUGUCCCAACUUGAUUCCAAGUGGCUUCUGGAUAAUCGGGUUCGGCUACCUCUUGAGCGUUUGUGGCACUUUCGUUCCGAUGUGCGCCUCUGGCCAGAGGCGACUCAGCUACUCUGGCAGCCACCUGACUGCUGA